AUGGAGAAAAUUCAAUCGAAACGUGAUCGAGAAAUGCUUGUAAAUGACGGUUAUAUGUAUAUUUUUGAUAAAUUUAGUGCCGACAAACAAAAAAAGUUUUGGAGAUGUGGUCAAAAGAAUGAUUGUUUGGCAAGAAUUCAUACAAGUAUUGACAACUUAACGAUUUUAAAAAAAUCUAAAAAUUUACACACGCAUGGUUCUGAUGCUGCUAAAGUUGAAACACAAAUUGCUAUUACCAAUAUUAAAAAACGGGCAUUGUCUACGAUGGAACAAACAUCAUGA